AUGGAUCCACAACACAGUGCCCAGGAUGUUAUUCGAUGUGACCUUUGUGAAACUGCUGUUGUACAGAUGCAUUGUGAUCUCUGCGAUGUCAAUUUAUGCAUACCUUGUAUAGGGAGGCAUGUUUCUGAUGAUUAUGACAAACAUAAAGUGGUUCCAUUAAAACAACGAAAAACAACCUUGAUCUUUCCGAAGUGUACAAUACAUCAAACCAAAUAUUGUGAGCUACAGUGCAAGGAAUGCAAUAUUCCUGUUUGCUCAGUUUGUACAACUUCCACUCAACACAAAAAGCAUGAUUUCUUACUCCUUACAGAAAUCUUAGAUGCAAAGAAAAAAUUUGUGACAAAGGAUGCAAAAGAAAUAGAAAGUAGUCUUUUGCCCACAUAUAAAACUUUAGAAAUUGAUAUAGAAACUCGAAUAUCAAGUUUAGAUGGUGAUUACAGAAAUCUUACAGAAUUAGUGACGAAACACGGAGAAGAAUGGCACAAAGAAAUUGACAAAAUCAUAGAGGAAAUGAAAAAGGAAAUUAAUGAGAUGAAAGGCAAACAUAAGAGCAUUCUGCAACAACACCUAGAUGAAAUCAAGCAAGUACAGUCUCUUAUGGGUGAAACAUUGCUCACUCUAAAGAAAAUUGAAGAGUCAAAUAAAGUGAUCCUGGCUUUAGAAUACACCUCGAAAAUCAAUGAAUUCAACACACUUCAUCCCAUUGUUCAAGUUUCACUACCAACCUUUACUACAGGCAAUUUAAACAGAGAACAGAUUUGCAAGUUAUUUGGAUCUUUAACACCCAUAUUGAUCACAAGAGACGAAGAAGCCUUUAGAAUUAACAAAACAGAGGACAUAACUAAAGAAUUACUGGAAGUACCAAAGCUCAUUGCAUCUAUUAAUACCGAGUAUAAUUUCAUCUACGGUGUUACAUGUACCUGUCUUAAUGAAGACGAAAUUUGGAUAUGUGGCAAUACAGGUGAUUUAAAAUGCUUUAACAUUCAUUCUUCGCUAAAAAGGGUUGUCAAAACAAAAUCAGAAAAUUAUGCAAAUGAUCUAACAUUGAAUCAUUAUGGGGACAUAUCGUAUACUGAUUCGACAUCAAGGACCGUGAAUAAAGUAAGGAAUGGGCACACAGAAGAGGUGAUCAAACUACAAGAAUGGGAUUCAAAACAACUUUGUUUCACCUCCUAUGGUGAUCUUCUUGUUACCAUGUUCAGUGCAGAAAAAUCACAAUCCAAAGUUGUCCGUUACUCAGACUUUUUAGAAAAACAAACAAUCCAGUUUGACGAAAAUGGUAGAUCUCUGUAUUCAGGAAGUUUCCGCACUAAAUACAUCAGUGAAAAUAGGAACCUGGAUAUCUGCGUGGCCGACUAUGAAGCUGGCGCUAUAGUGGUGGUCAAUCGGGCUGGUAGACUCAGGUUCAGAUACACUGGUCAUAGCUCGAAUUUUAAGAAACAACGAUUUAAACCGUGGGGAAUCACAACAGACAGUCAGUGUCAGAUCCUGACAUCAGACACUGAUAACAAGUGUAUUCACAUCUUAGACCAGAAUGGACAGUUCCUCCGUAAUAUAGAUUUAAAAGAACCUACAUGUGCGUGUGUUGACAAAAGUGAUAAUCUAUUUGUUGCCGAGGAUCGUCGCUCUGGAAAUGUCAAGAAGAUUAAAUAUUUCAGAUAG